UAUCGUCUUUCCUUUUUUGUCUUCUUCUUCUGGAAAAUGGUCAAUAAGAAAUUAUUAUUUGCCAUUGAUUCUGCAUUUCGUUGAAAAUAUCAUUUAGUAUAAAACAGUUCGUUUUGAAUUAUUCAUGUAAGGUACCAAGCUUAGUUGCUGAAAAUUUCAUCUUAUUUGGAGAGAAAAUGCAGCGACUAAUCCUCAUAUCAGCCUAUUGCAUAUUAAUGUCAAUGGCUUUCUUCAAGGUGUGCCAUAAUGCAUGCACAGAAUCAGAGUGUGACCAUGAUGAUCAUCGCCUUGCUAUUCAUGUCCCGGUCAAGCGCGUCCGUUGUGGUUAUUUUCAGCAGCAGAGCGACAAGACGGUUGUUGAGCAGAAGCAAAUGGUAGUAAAAUACUUUGUGAAACACAUAGAUUAUAAGCACCAGAAAAUUCAAGUACAUAUUCCAGAUGAUUGCUUACUCCUAAAGCAAUUAGAAACCCCAAACAUGAAGCCAAUGUUCUUUCCUUUCAACUUCUCAGAAUACGAUGCGGAUUGCAUCAGCUUAUUCAACUGUCCCACAGCUAUUUAUCCGCACAAACAAGUCCCCUGCCUCAGUGACCUGGUAUACAAAAAUAUAUAUGCCGUUUCUUCGGACGUUCAAGCCCCACAGUACUGUAAAAAGAUGUAUGAUUUAACAAAUCCAUAUGUACUUCAUUUGAAAGAAAUAUAUCGAUAUGAACUUAUGUAUCGAUCGAAUCCAGAGUACCAUAUUUGGUGGUCUACACCAAAUUGUACAGAAUGUGAAGCGAAGCGUAAGAAGUGUCAAUUGAAGAUCCACGGCACCAAAAGUGAAAUUGAAUGUGUUCAUUUUAGCAAACCAAGUGCAACAAAAACAUUAGUGUCUACAGGUGCAACUGUGACUACAAUCAUUUUACUAAUAUCGGUGACUGUAGUCUAUAGAUCUCAUAAAAAGGAAAAGGAGAAUCAAUUGAAAAUUGAAACAUUCCUAGAGGAUUACAAAGCGCUCAAGCCAAGCAGAUAUUCCUACGCAGAUAUCAAAAGAAUUACAAAUCAAUUUGAGGACAAGCUGGGCCAAGGAGCGUAUGGAACUGUUUUCAAAGGGAAGCUUUCAUCUGAAGUUUUUGUUGCUGUUAAAGUCCUCAACAAUUCCGAAAACGGAGAUGGGGAAGAAUUCAUCAAUGAGGUGGGAACAAUGGAUCAUAUCCACCAUGUCAACGUGGUCCGCAUGGUUGGCUUCUGUGCAGAAGGAUUUAGACGAGCUCUUGUUUAUGAGUUUUUCCCCAAUGGUUCACUACAGGAUUUCAUUUCAUCAGCAGACAAUAAGAAUUCUUUCCUUGGUUGGGAUAAGUUAAAAGAUAUUUCUCUAGGCAUUGCCAAAGGAAUUGAAUAUCUACACCAAGGAUGCGAUCAACGAAUUCUUCAUUUUGAUAUCAAACCUCAAAAUGUUUUGCUAGAUCAAAACUUCACUCCAAAAAUUUCUGAUUUUGGGAUGUCCAAGUUGUGUGCCAAGGAUCAAAGUAUAGUGUCAAUGACUAUGGCUAGGGGGACUAUAGGCUAUAUUGCACCUGAAGUGUUCUCCCGGAAUUUUGGAAAUGUGUCAUAUAAGUCAGAUGUCUAUAGUUUUGGAAUGUUGCUGCUCGAGAUUGUAGGAGGGAGGAAGAAUAUUGGUGAAACCAUGGAUAACACUGGGGAAGUAUACUACCCAGAAUGGAUACAUAAUCUUUUAGAUGAAGGGGAAGACCUUCGAGUCCAUAUUGGGGAAGAAGGAUCGAGAAUAGAUUCUCGAAUUCCAAAAGAAUUAGCAAUUGUAGGCCUUUGGUGUAUCCAAUGGCACCCAAUGAAUCGUCCAUCCAUGAAAUCAGUGGUUCAGAUGUUGGGAGGAAGAGAAAAUUUAACCAUGCCACCUAAUCCUUUUGCGUCUACAGGUCCUACAAGAACAAAUGCAACAAGUCGCCCGGCUGCAAGACGCUUCAACCUCGACUUAGAAGCAAUUGUUGAAUUAGAGUAAAAAUGUUGAAUUAAUUAUUGUUUAUGCAUUGAGAGUUUGGAAAUGUAUGUGCAAAUUAGUUAUAUAUAUACCAAAAAAUUAAGGAACUGUCACACCAUUCCAGAUCAGAUCUUUGAUUCCUGUAACUGAUUCUAAAUUUCUGCAUAUAACUCUCGCAACAAUUCAAUCAAUGGAACAAGAUUGAUGUCU